UUACGCCUGCUGUGCGUCAUCAGUUCGCGCCAAGGGCACGAUUGGCUCCCCUCUAACUAAGUGGCUGCUUUGUUGUCCUGGCAAUGAAUUGCGCCGGGGUGGUGGCGGCUCCCUCCCUGCGGUGGCUUCGUCUGGGCAUCUGGCGGCCCCUUUCAGCUUAUGGAAGAAGAAUCAGUGUCAGAUUUUACAAUUCAAGAAUGACCUUGGACACUAUCAAUAGGGCAGCUGUGGAUCGAAUAAUCAGGGUGGAUCAUGCAGGCGAAUAUGGAGCCAACCGCAUCUAUGCCGGGCAGAUGGCUAUCCUGGGUCGUUCCAGCAUCGGGCCCAUCAUUCAGAAAAUGUGGGAUCAAGAAAAAGAUCAUUUGAAAAAGUUCAAUGAGUUGAUGGUUACAUUCAGGGUCCGGCCAACAGUUCUGAUGCCAUUUUGGAACGUGUUGGGGUUUGUACUAGGGGCGGGAACUGCCUUGCUUGGGAAGGAAGGUGCAAUGGCCUGCACGGUGGCAGUGGAAGAGAGCAUAGCGCAUCACUACAACAACCAGAUCAGGACACUGAUGGAAGAGGACCCUGAAAAAUAUGAGGAACUUCUUCAGGUGAUAAAGAAAUUUCGGGAUGAAGAGCUUGAGCACCAUGAUAUAGGUCUCGACCAUGAUGCAGAAUUGGCUCCAGCAUAUGCUGUCUUGAAGAGUGUUAUCCAAGCGGGUUGCAGAGCAGCAAUAUAUGUAUCAGAAAGAUUUUGAAGUAUGUCCAUUUAUCCCUGUUUAUAAAAGAUGACAGUAAUUUAACAAGUGGCAUUUACAGAGAAGGAAAUGUACAAUUAUCAUUAUUUGAGUUUUGUUGAUAAACUAAAAGGUUUUCUUUUUAUCUUGUUUUUUUUUUUUUUUUUUUUGAGACAGAGUCUCACUCUGUUGCCCCAGACUAGAGUGCUGUGGCAUCAUAGCUCACAACAACAUCUAACUCCUGGGCUCAAAUGAUCCUCCUGCCUCAGCCUCCCAAGUAGUUGGGACUACAGGCUCCCACAAUGACGCCUGGUAAAGAAUCACAUUUUUUAGGUCUUUGUCUCCCAUGCAGUGCCCUGUGUUUGAUUAGCACCUGACAACUGGGCAGGGCUAUUCUCGAGGGUCUGGCUUUGGAGGACAGUGGACACCAGGAUAGUUUGGAUUAAUCCUCUACAAUCUAUCUCUUUCUUCAACCAAGAGUGAGUUUAAUUUUAUGUGAUUAAAUGAAUAUCUCUGAUUAUAACUGUGCUAAAUUCAACAUGGGUGAGAAUAAGAGUAAAGACAGUUUUAGGUUCCAAAGUCUUUUGUGCCAGGUUACAAGAGAUGUCUGUAGUGUAGUGUAGUGUUGACUAACAACUAAAAAUCCAAGCUCUG